UCUCAGGCACUGCGCGGGAAAUCAGCGCUCCAGUUUUCUUUUGCCUCCUCUGCAAAAGGGGCUCAUCCUCGCAACAAUAACCCAUGAGGGUCCAUGGCGUCCGACACACCACCCAAUUUCUCCUGGGUAGCGCCAGGCCAGCUGGCAGGGCUGGCCAUGCCCCGCUUGCCCGCACACUACCGGUACAUGCACGAACAUGGCAUCCGACAUCUGGUGUCACUAACGGAGCGUAGCCCACCCUACCACGACACCUGCCCCGGCAUCCAGCUCCACCGCCUGCGCAUCACCGACUUCUGCCCACCUUCGCCUGAGCAAAUCCAGCGCUUCCUGCAGAUUGUGGACGAUGCCAACGCCAAGGGGGAGGCUGUGGCAGUGCAUUGCAUGCUGGGAUUUGGCAGAACCGGAACCAUGUUGGCCUGUUACCUCGCCAAGACCCAGAAGAUCACUGGCGUUGAUGCCAUCCACGAGAUCCGCAAGCUGCGGCCAGGCUCCAUCGAGACCCACGACCAGGAGAAGGCCGUUGUCCAGUUCCACCACCGUAUCAAAUAGCCAGAGGAAGAGAUGGGGAUGGGCAAUAGGAACUCCUCGGCUGCUGAGCUGACUCCACGGGGGAUUUUAUCUUUACCGUAACCCCUGUUGCUGGGGGAGGAUUAUCUGGCUGCCAAAUGGAGAGGCCAUUUUGUUUG